AAUCCUGACAUCUGCAGGGCUCGGUUAAGAACAGCUGUCAAAUUUGUUGUCAUUGGAAAACUCAUUAUUUUUUUUGGUGACUAAUAGCAAUAGCGUAGUGUUCUAGUGAAUUGUACUAAUAACAAAAAAAAAAUGAGUUUUUUCGGAAAACUUUUUGGUGGCAAAAAAGAGGAUGAGGGGCCCACCACUGGAGAAGCUAUACAGAAGCUUAGGGAAACAGAAGAUAUGUUGCUGAAAAAGCAAGAUUUUCUGGAAAAGAAGAUAGAUGAGUACAUGUUACUAGCUAAGAAAAAUGCCUCUAAAAACAAAAGGGUUGCGCUUCAAGCCCUUAAAAAGAAGAAAAGGCUAGAAAAAAAUUUGCAACAAAUAGAUGGAACGCUUACGACGAUCGAGAUGCAAAGAGAAGCUCUAGAAGGAGCUAACACAAAUACGGCCGUAUUAAACUCUAUGAAAAAUGCUGCAGAAGCACUGAAAACAGCUCACAAAGACUUGGAUGUGGAUAACGUUCACGAUAUCAUGGAUGAUAUUGCUGAACAGCACGACUUAGCUAACGAAAUUUCAAAUGCAAUAAGCAACCCUGUAGGAUUUGCUGACGAUUUAGAUGAAGAAGAACUGGAAAAGGAGUUGGAAGAGCUGGAACAGGAAGGUCUGGAAGAAGAUUUGCUUAAAGUGCCUGGCCCUACAGAACUGCCAGCCGUGCCAACAGGAGCUAUCGCCAAACCAGUCAAGCCAACGGCUA